GACUUUUUUGGAACACCAACUCAGGUCUUCAGGAUGUAUCUUUGGGAUUGUGUGUCCAUGUGUUAGAGAGCAAACGUGACAUGACAUUAGUGUGUACAAAAUAAAUGUGGUUUUACUUCGUGGAGGACGGUGUCCCACUUUACUGGAGAAAAACCUUGGUGAAUAUGACACACGUGUAUAAAGGAGGACAUUCACUGGUCUGACAAGUCGCACGGCGAUGUUUUUAUAGUGUUUGUCAUUGCUCCGAUAGCAAGCAAGAAAAUUAAUCUCGUCCUAACCUCAGCUCAAAGUGACAGAGGCAAUGGCUGGCAGACGACUGUGGAUAACAUGUCUCGUAUCACUGCUCACCAUAGAGGGUCAUUCAGGUUUGACCAUUGGUGGCUGUGAACAGGGCAGUGUCGUGGUUACUAACGGCACAGACCCUUCAUUCACCUGCACCACAUCUUUGUCGAACUGGUUGUGGUGGAAGAUUUUCAGUGAGGAGGGAACAUAUUUCGGCUACUGUAACAGAUGGGGAUGUACACCGUGGAAUAUCCAGUAUACGGUAGAUGUGAAAGGUUCUUCGUCCAGCGUCUACACAUCCAGUCUGAUGAUAAAGAGGAUCACGGGAAACUCAACCAGGACACUAGUUUGUAGCAGCCCUGGGGAACCUUUGGAGGCUUGGUGCAGUCUGACAAUAACAAAUGAACAAUUUACUAAAGAAAAUGAGGACAAAGGAACUGGAUCGUCUGUCGAUGAGAAAGGAGCGAUAAUCGGUGGCGUUAUUGGAGGUGUGGUUCUCCUCGCCAUUGUUAUCGCCAUUAUCGUUGUCUGCAUCCUCAGACGAAAGAAAGAUAAAGACUUUGAUGUUCAAAGGUCAGACACUACAAGUGAUUCAGAUCCGCCAGACUUUUCAAUGGCUACCUACCAAUGCACCAGAUGUUAAACAAGAUAUUUUAAAAAGUCAUAAAACUUGAAACCAUUCCACACACUACAGUGAGACUGACAGAAGUUUCAGCAAAAUGUUUGGUCGUUAAUUUCUUUUUUUUUCAUUUUUACUGAGGUUUACAAACUUGUCACAGUGCGACCGUUGAAACAAGUGCUGUUACUCCUAGUAGAAGGGAGGGGACAAGAUUGUUUGUGCCUUGUUUUAUAUUAAUGGAUAAAUGUGUGAAUACAGUACCUAGCUAGUAUGUUGUUUAAAGCUCUUGAACAAAAUGUGUAUAUUAACUUGCUGCAUUAGCCUAAUAUAUGAAGGCUUAAAAUAUGUUUAAGCUCGAUAAAAAAGCAUUAAACCUACAUUUUUCGGGUGUAAAGCUUAUUAUUCGCAGGGUAACAAUACGUUGGUUAUUCAUAGAAUGAUAUUUUUGAAGUCAAGGAUUGCUUUUUUAGUCUUUUUUAUUCUCUUUUCCCUUUUAGGCUUCUUUGUGAUUUUAUCUGCCCACUUCUUUUCUUUAUACUUUCUAUACGACAGGAGCGGGAGUGUGUGUGUGUCGCUGUGCAUGCGGG